UUUCGAGCCACUCUGGUCAGCGUUACGCUGGUCAUGGGUUUGAGUGUGGAUGCAGUCGCGGCAGUUUUCGCAUUGGUUGCUGGUAGUUGUGCAGGCCCUUCGGGUCUUCUGGGCACUGCUGCUUCGAUUGGUGCCUGGCUGUGGCCAGCUCACCAUUGGCAUCUGUGAAUGUGAAGGCUCUGGCAAUGGAGAGUGCUGGCGAGAUCAAUUGGCCUUUCGUACUGAAGUCUCUUCCCUGCUGAUGUACACCAUGUUAGCUGCUCUGACGUGUGGCAAAUCUUCUCUGAUGCAGCGCUCGCAGAUUGUUCUUCUUUUGUCUGUGAUUGGAAUUCAGUCCUUGAUUCUGUGGAUCAUUCUCUUCUUUCCCAAUGUGAUCUUUGUUCCUCUGGACAUCUUCAGUAUGUUUGCCUCAGCUGCUUACCGAGUGCUACAGGCUGUUCUUUUCAUCGACGGUGCUUACAAUUUGAAUGAUUGCCUCUACGACUCGGCGGUGCAGGCGAGACGAAGAUCGAUGAACUCACAGGCCUACAGAGGUCGUUUGGCGAUCAUGAUCAGCGCCUCAAUUGCCUUGCUUCUUAUAUCGUUGGCUGGCUCCAUCUACCUCUGCGUGGCCUAUCCAUCAGUCACUUGGUGUGUGAUUUCUGCUAUCGUGGGGUCUACUUUGCUGCUCCUGCUGAGCAUCACCAGCUGGUGUGAACAUGGAUCCCUGCUGACCUCAGCAGUGAUGUUUGCCUACAGCAUCUAUUUGUGCGGCCAAACAGCUCGGAUCCAGCCAACCUCCCAGACGUCGGAGGAUCUGCCAACCACCAUGUUGGGACUAUUGGUGCCCGCCGUGAGUUUGACAUACUUCGCCAUCAGCAGUAGCCCAGCCAGGCACUUGGCCGGGGUGAUCUCGGUGCAGAGAACAGAGGGGGAUGAUUUUGAAGCCAACGACUUCUAUCUGCGCUGCUUCGUGCACUUUCUGGCGGAUUUCUAUGUCACCUCCGUCCUUGCACCGCGAGUGAGUUGGUUGCGCUUCAAUAUCCGUGCUGGCACGGUGUUUGCUUGCCUGGUCGUCUAUGCCUGGACGCUGGUGGCUCCAAAGAUCCUACCGGAUCGCAACUUCUGAGGCUUCACGUGGCCGUCGCUGGCAUAUUACCACAGUGAAAAACCACUGGUUGAUUGGCCGCGGGACUUCCAGUAGUUAUUAAGUUCAGGAUGAGCUCUGUCUUAGCAGCUGAUGGUGGGAAGGUCGGUGCAGAAGUCGAAAUUGGUCUGUGUUUGUUGGGUAGUUGGUAGUUGCUUGGUUUGCAUUUGCUUGUGGG